CGGAAAAUGCAAUAUUAUCCACUUCGCAAUUUAUUUAUUAGUAGUUGUAGGCCGUUGCUUUUUUAGCAAUAAUCCCUAACGGAGUAAUUAUUAUUUUUUUUUAUUCUUGUUUACAUUGCCAAUCUCAGGUCAUGUAAAUGAUGAAUAUAGGUAUGCAGUAAUAAGUGAGACUGCGAAAUAAAAGAGCGAGUAGAUGAUGAGCCACUAUGAAAAGAGUCUUCACUGUAAAGAAUUUUAUUAAAACAUUUACAGUUGGGCUGAGAAACAGCGCGCGUGUAUGUGGUACACACGUCGCGCACCCAGUGAUCUGCACGGUUGUUUGCUGAAACGUGCUGCGUGAAAUUGCGUGACGCGUGUAACACCGAAUAUAAUGGAAAACGAGCAAAAGGACACCAUGGAAAACACAACAGUCAUCGUGGAAAACGGAGAAGAAAUAGUAAAAGUACACGCAAUGCAGACGCCAAACGGUGUUGGAAACAGAAACACAUAUAUCAAUGGACCAGACCAAGUGAUUCCUGCGAGCAGUUAUGUAACGACAUUUCCUGAAGGCGUAGUAAAACUCCGAAUUGCUCCCCGAGGGAUAGCUUCUGAGCGCCCCUUGUCAGUCCCUGGUUUACUCAACCAAACAGUCGCCAGAUAUCCCGACGGCAUAGCAUUAGCAUCCAAAAAAGAAGAUGGAAAAUGGCACAAACUGACAUAUACACAAUACCGAGAGAAAGUGCGGAUUAUUGCAAAAGCGUUCCUGAAACUUGGUCUUGAGAGGUAUCACUCUGUCUGCAUCCUCGGAUUCAACUCUGAACAAUGGUUUGUUGCAGACUUGGCAGCGAUUCAUGCUGGAGGUUUCGCUGCGGGUAUCUACACAACGAAUUCAGCCGAAGCUUGCUUCCAUUGCCUACUAUCGUCUCGCGCCAACAUAUGUGUAGUACAGGACAAAAAGCAGCUCGACAAAAUAUUGUCAGUCCGAAACAGACUACCUUCCUUGAAGGCUAUAGUACAAUGGGAGGCUCCUGUCGACACUUCAAUACCAGGACUUUAUUCGUGGGAACAAAUUCUAGAGAUCGGUCAGAAAGAAAAUGAUACACAAUUGGAUUCAAUACUGAAAGAAAUGGCUGUGAAUGAAUGCUGCACCUUGGUAUAUACGUCAGGAACAGUGGGUGCACCGAAAGCUGUGAUGCUGUCUCAUGACAACCUAACCUGGGAUGCCUUUUCCAUCGGUCAGCGCGUGGCUGAUCUCCAGGUCGGCGAGAGACUAGUGUCUUUUCUGCCUCUAAGUCAUGUCGCUGCACAGGUAGUGGACAUUUACACCACAUUAAUGCACGGCGUUACUGUAUUUUUCGCUCAACCUGACGCACUGAAAGGCAGUCUAGUCGAAACGCUGAAAGAAAUUAGACCUACUAGAUUUCUGGCUGUACCUAGAGUAUGGGAGAAGAUGCACGAGAAGAUAGUAGCAGUUGGCGCUUCGAGUGGUUUCUUCACCAGAUACAUUGCAAACUGGGCAAAAGAUAAAGGUCUCAAGCACCAUCUUGCUAGGAUUGAUGGUUGCCUUACAGCCGAUAUGCGGGGUCUUCCUAUAGACUUCUCCACCCUCGAAAUGUUACAGUACUGGCAACAAGGCACAUCGUUCGGAUACAAAAUGGCGAAGUCACUGGUGUUUAACAAAGUACAUUAUACCCUGGGCUUGGAUAAGUGCACGACAUUCGUAACAUCAGCGGCCCCGCUGUCGCCAGAUAUCAAGAAGUUUUUCCUCUCACUAGACAUACCAAUUAUGGAGGCUUUUGGAAUGAGUGAACUCGCUGGCGCGCACACACUUAGCAUCUAUCCCAGAUUCAAAUUAGAUUCAAGUGGGGAGGUACUAGGUGGGGCAGAAACUAAAUUUGGAGGUUCACCAAGCCCUAAUGGACCCGGGGAAAUCAUGAUGAACGGUCGCCACGUCCUCAUGGGCUACCUUAACGAAGUAGAGAAAACUAAUGACGCACUGGACUCAGACGGCUGGCUGCACUCCGGCGAUAUUGGCAGGCUCGACAGUCAUAACUUAUUGUACAUCACUGGCAGAAUCAAAGAGCUGCUAAUAACAGCGGGCGGUGAGAACGUUGCUCCAGUGCCCAUCGAGCAGUUAGUUCAGGCGGAGUUACCCCAUCUUGGGUAUGCGGUGCUUAUCGGCGAUAAACGCAAGUUCCUCUCCAUGAUAGUCACGCUUAAGGCUAAAAUUAACACGGAAACAGGUGCAGCACUGGACGAGUUAGAAAGUGAAACUAAGAGAUGGGUGGCCAGUCUAGGUAGCAAAGCGACCACAAUUAGUGAAAUUUAUAACUCUAAGGAUCCAGUAGUACAAAAAGCAAUCGAAGAUGGCAUCAAGCGAGCAAAUAAACACGCCAUUUCUAAUGCACAGAAAAUACAGAAGGUCGCUAUCCUGCCCGCUGAUUUCUCGUUAGCUUCGGGAGAAUUAGGACCAACACUUAAAAUUAAGAGAAAUGUGGUUUAUGAGAAAUACAAAGAUAUUAUAGAAGGAUUUUAUAAAGAAUGAAGUAAAUUCUAGAAUGUAGGGAAAGGAGUGUAAAUUAUUUUAUUAUGAUAAUAAUGUGUUGCUCAAUUAGGGACUUAAUGUGAUUCAUAUUAAUGUAGGGGUACAUAGAUUAUAUUUUUGUUACAGAAAAAAAUUAAAUAAUUUUUAAAUUA